AUGUCACAUCGAGGAGCUGUUGCAGCAGAACCUAGAAAGUGCCCCCAAGUCAAUAUUGCAAGACUUUCCGAGAGCAAGGCUGCUUGUACCACAUCGUACAGGUACUACACUACCGCUCACAUUGAUUCUACUUCAUACUCUCUAUUCUGUUGCAGAUGCCAGUCGAUCAUUCAUGCCACCUGA